UAUAGCUUAAAAUGAAAGUGGGAAUUUUUGGAGGAAUUGGUUCAUAUUUGAGUUAUUUAGUUUGGAAUAACUAUAAUAGCAAUCAAGUUGAAUUGUAUUCAUUAAAUACCGAAUUGCAAAAUGAAGUUGUGCAAAAUUGCCCAUCCCUUACAUCUUAUAGACCUCCCGCAUUCUUCUGUGGAUUUCUGCAUACAGUAAUUCCCACCAUCUCAAGACCUAAAGAGAAACACAUUUCAUUUUUGGAGAAGUUAGGAGACACAGGUAUUUCUGUGGAUUUUGUGGAUAAGGGACAAUCAAUUAAUUCUAAUCAACCAUUGUUAUUAAUAAUUCCAGGUUUGACUGGAAAAGUUUAAAAUGGGUAAGCCUGCAUGUUUAAUUAUUUAGAUAUGUGAAUAGUCUUAUCACAUAAGCUCAUCAAUAUGGCUUUAAUAAUAUUUGCAUCUACACCUAUAGGAUGUUAUCAAAGGAAGCUAAUUUUCAAUUCGUGCCUCCGUUUUAAGAUUAUGGAAUUGAUUUUCAGGGAGCAGACAAAGAAUAUUUUAGAGAUGAUGUUGUUGCCGGGUAAACUACAAGGGUAGAUUUAGCAGCUGAUCUACACUUCACCUUAAAAUAUAUAAAAGAUAAAUAUCAAUUCAAAUAGAUAUUGGCUAUCGGUUGUUCUUAUGGUGGCGUAUAAUUAGGAAAUUACUUAGGAAGGUUUUAAGAACAUUCGUAUAUUGAUGCAGGUGUAACUGUAUGUUCACCACAUAACAUUACUGAUUGCGAGAGAAAUAUUUCCACUAUAAUGGAUCUCACAAUGACAUAUAUUUUAAGAAGAGGAUUAAAGAUAAAUAAACAUUUAUUUGAUGAUCCAAAAAAUUAUCCUUAGCAAUGGAAACCAUAAAUUUCUAAAGCUAUGAAAUCAUUGUUAGUUCAUCAAUUUGAUAUGUAUUAUACAUCUCAGAUUUACGGAUAUAAAUCAUAAGUGGAAUAUUAUAAGCAUUUUUCUUCAUGUGAAAGAUUUCAGUAAAUUACAAUUCCGAUGCUAUGCAUUGCUGCAAAAGAUGAUUACGCUGUUAACAUAAAAGCUUUGUCUUUAAAUAAAUUACUUUCAAAUAAAUAAACAAUUGUUUGUUUGGCUAAAAGUGGAGGGCACAUAGGUUUUUUAGAAGGUUUGAAUGCUGAUAGCACAUGGUUUCCAAAACCAGCAUUGGAAUUCUUACAGUAUUUUUCAAAGGAAUAAGAAAUGGAAUUUAAAGCUUAAUGAUGC